AUGUGUUUUACUGUCCGUAGAAGAGAUAAGAAGAAUUGACAUACAUAUCGAUAGACGUUAUUUGUCAUAUUGUAAUGUAUAUUGUAUAAACAGUGAGUUUGACAGAUCUGUCAUUCCAAGAAAAAUUGUAUACAUAAUAGGAACUUUAUGCUAUUUUUAAUGAUACAACGAGUAUUGUGGUGUUUUUUUUUUUAAAUAAAUCCACUUAAAAAAUGGAAGUAAAAAAAUUAGAUGAAUUUUUAAAGAGUUGUUGUCGUAUAUGUUUGUCAAUUUCUAUCGAUGAAAUGAUAGACUCAUUGAAUGUUGUCGAAAAUUUUAACAAAACAAUCGAUCAGCUGCUGUUUGAAUGUGCCAAUUUAAAGAUGUUAGGCGUUGAUAGUCAUCCACGAAAACUAUGCGAAGAAUGCACUCAAGAACUUAUAAUGGUAGCAAGGUUUCGCGAGAAAUGUGAAAUCUCAACGGAGGCAUUGAAUCAGAUAAAACGAAAAAUCAACAAACAAUUCGAUGAAAGUGAACAAGUCGAUAUCGGAACAGUUGGUAUAAAUGAACAAGAGGAGCUCAGUAACACCAACAGUAAUAACGAAACGCUUUACGAGAAUAUCGAAUACGCAGAAGAUAAUGUUGAAUACGUUAUCUAUGAUGAAAUAGAUGUAACUGAAAAUCUGAUACAAGAUACAAAUGUAGAAAGUAGCAUUCAAAACGAUGCUGAAAAUGUAAACAUUAAAAGUGUAGAGACACCGAAACGAAAAUCAUCGCCCAAAACUAAACACAAGCAAAAGAAAGAGACUGAAAGCAAACAGACGUCAAAGUCGAUCAUCAAACAUCACUGCAAAUUAUGUGGAGCAGGAUUUGCACAAGUGAACAAUUAUACCAGGCAUUUGCAAACUCAUAAUGAACCCAACGACAUUGAGUACAGCUUGGUGGACAUGGAGAACUUUGAGGAAACUGUUGCGAUGAGCCCAAUUGGAGCCGACUUGCUGCAACCAGAUUAUAGUACUGGAAUUGAAAGUGAUCAACCCAUCGAGAAAAACAAAAAGGCUAUUCAUGCAUGUCAGUUCUGUGGUCGGAAGUUUCCAUCCCAAUCUCUUUUGGCCACACAUAUUCGAAUACACACGAAUGAGCGACCAUUUAAGUGCAGCAUGUGUGCAAAAUCAUUCAAAACACAAGGUGCACUUGAUUUACACGUUCGACGUCACAAUGGAGUGAAACCAUAUAUUUGUAACGUUUGUGAUCGUGGAUUCGUAGAGAGUAGCAAUUUGAAGGUGCAUAUGAGAGUACACACGGGUGAAAAACCGCAUCGAUGCGUACAAUGCAAUAGAUCUUUUUCGCGAGUAUUUUUGCUGCAAAUUCAUAUGCGUACACACACCGGUGAAAAACCGUAUCAAUGCCCUUACACUUCGUGUGACAAAUCGUUCGCACAACAAGGAGAUCUAGCCGCACAUAAACGCAUUCAUUCAGGUGAGCGUCCACAUCGCUGUAAAAUUUGUCAUAAAGGUUUCAUAAAAAGUAGCGGGCUAACACAGCAUAUGCGAAGGCAUUCCAGACCAGUUUCAAAAAUAAACGUGAAUAGUGUGGAAAAUUCGUCCGUUGACAAUAAAUGCAUAAGCAAUGAAAGUGUCAUGAUCUGCUACAAAGAAAAUAAUAAACAACAUGAAAUUUUCUCAAUAAAUUUUUACAUUUGGUUUUUUCUUUAUUUUCGAGAAAAGAAAGAAAAAAUGAGAAUUGAGUUUGAAAAAAUUUGUCGAACGUGCAUGGCAAAGCCAAUGACACUGGUUUCCAUUUGGCCAUCGAAUAACUUUUCUAUAAAAAAUACAAACAUUGCACUUGAUUCUUCAUCAUUGUCCUUUAUGCUAACUACAUUAAUAAGAUCAGAGGUUAAAAUCGAUGACGAAUUACCAGCAAAAAUGUGUCUUGAUUGUAUCAGCGAAAUGAAUCAGGCAUAUGCAUUUGUUCAGAAAUGCGAACGUUCGGAAAAAACACUACGAUCUCUCUUGGAACAAACUACAUGUAUCCAAACAAAUCCGGACACCGACAAAACUAGAGAUGCAUCGGUUCUAUGUUCAUCAAAUUCAGUAAAAUCUUAUAAUUUGAACCACAAUAACUCUUACCAGUGUUCCAAUUGCUAUGUUGGAUCUAAAACAAACACCGAAUUUGAGCAUCAUUCAUGUGAUAAACAGAUAGAGUUAGCAGAAAUUGAACAAAUUGAAUACGUUCAAACUGUGGAAUGUAUUUCAAGCCAACCCAAGAUCACAGAAGCACUAGUCAAAGACUUCAUUGCCGAGAGAACAAUGAAAUUUAAUUGUGGUGAUUGCAAUGCAAUAUUCUCUAGCAAACGUUCACUUAGUUUGCAUAUUAACUCCCAUAAAUGCACACAACAAGCAUAUGAAUGUGAUAUAUGCCAGAAAGUGUUUAUUAAGAAACGUUAUCUCGUCAGACAUUUACAACGAAUGCAUCAAAUGAUGAAUAAGGUGUGCAAAGUAACAUUUGAUGACGGAAAUAGACCGAUUCACAAGAGAAAUUACAAAUGUCAUUUAUGUUCGAAAGCUUUCACAAUGAGUUCGUCACUAAAGCAGCACAUACGAAUCCAUACACAAGAAAAACCAUACACAUGUGAAGUAUGCGGUCGUAGUUUUACUCAAAAUUCAAAUUUGAGGCAACAUUUGAUGCGCCAUAAACAGAAUAAGCCAUUUAAAUGUGAAAAAUGUUCUGCAAAUUUUGUUACCAAAGGCGAAUUAAAUUCGCACCGGCGAACACAUAACGAAGAUCCUCUUCUAUCGCAUCCAUUUAGCUGUGAAGUAUGCAAGUCCCGCUUCACAACUUCAUCAUCACUGGUAAAACAUAGGCGCAUCCACAGUGGUGAGAGGCCAUAUCAAUGUGAUUUAUGCCCUCUUCGCUUUGCAGCGCUCAGUACACAGAAAAAUCAUCGCCGAACUCACACAGGGGAAAAGCCAUUUAAAUGUUUGAAUUGUCAUAAAUCGUUUACACAAAGAUCUGAUUGUAUAUCCCAUCUUCGCACUCAUACAGGAAGUCAUAUGUUGUAUGAAUGUAAACAACGCAAGCUAUCGUGUACGGAUUCAAAAUCCUUAAAUAUAAAUAUGAUAAAACAUCAAAUGGAACAACCGGUUGAACAAUCGAUUAAUUUGGAACGAAAAUGAAAAAAAUGUGAUAAAUGACAAAAAUUAAAUAAUA